GGAAGGGUGACUGCGCAGUCUGGGUAUCGUUCACAGCUGCUUUGGGCAGCCCGAAGUUGCCAAAAAUGUCGAGCAGGUAUCACAAAGCAGCAGCUGACAGCAAUUUGGACCUCUUGAAAGAAGCCACUAAGAAAGACCUCAACACUUCAGAUGAAGACGGGGUAACUCCCACCCUUCUGGCAGCGUACCAUGGCUACCUGGAAGCUCUGGAAGUCAUAUGCCGGAGAGGAGGUGAUCCGGACAAAUGUGACAUCUGGGGGAACACACCUCUCCACCACGCUGCUUGCAACGGUCACGUCCAUUGUGUUUCUUUUCUGAUCAACUUUGGUGCCAACAUCUUCGCUCUGGACAAUGACCUCCGCACCCCCCUGGAGGUGGCUGCCAGCAGGGACCGCAAUGAAUGUGUCCGAAUCCUGGACAAAGCCGCCACCGAGCAGAAUAUCCUGAAUCCAAAGAGGGUCUCCAAACUCAAAGCACAGGCCCAGAGGAACGUGGAGAAACAAAUCAAGGAAUGUGAGAAGCGUCAAGAGAAACACCAGCAUGAAAUGAACCGGAAUUACAUAAAAGAAAAGGUUGGCACAGUAAAUUCUUCCAGAGGGACGCACUCCAGGGUGAAGUUGCCCAGCCUCUUUGCUUCAAAUACAACAAGUUCUUUCUCCAAAAAUCUGAAAGAUACCUUCAAACUGAAGGCAAAAAAGACAGCUGACAGCACAAGAAGCCGGGAAACACAAAGCAGUGACCAGCAGGGUGGUACAGGUAGGACAACUGUGAUGCAUUUGUUUGAUGAGAAAGAGGAGGAGGAAUUACUGAAUGACCUCGAAGAGAAAGACUUUUCAGAUAAUGACAGUCAGCUUUCCAUUUUCAAGCGGCCAGGUCUUGGCAAGAUUGUAUUUGGAAGGAAUUUGGCUGCAGAUUUAAAUCCUGGAACUGUGUCUUCUGAGAAAGAAGAUGUAAGCUUUAAAAUGUCCAUUGGGCUCUUUCAGUAUGAAAAUGCUGAGAAUGGCAAGGAAGACAAUGCUCAAAAUGGUGCUGAUACCCCUUGGCAGGAGGAGGAAGAAGUUAUUUGGGAUGACGAGGACGCGGAGAACACACCCCUUGAGGUAUUUCUGGCAUCACAGAUGCUGGAUGAGUUUCUUCCAGUCUUCAUGAGGGAAAAAAUUGAUUUAGAUGCCCUGAUGCUAUGUUCUGAUGAAGAUCUACAGAGCAUUCAGAUGGAACUUGGGCCAAGAAAGAAAGUCCUGAAUGCUGUGAAUAAAAGAAAACAGGCACUCCAGAAUCCUGGAAAAACCGUAGAUACUUGCUUAUAAAUUAACAUACCCAUUGCUGUAACCUGCACACAGAAUCAUUAUGGUUUUACUUUCCAAAGAAGACGCGAUUCUUUUCAGACGUCUGUUGAAGUGAAAGGCAAAGAGAUUACCCAUUGCUUUAGAAAGUACAGCAAGGACGAAGACUUUUCUCUCUGGAUAGAUAGCUGAGGCGAACAGGAUGUUAAUUGGAAUAUAAUCUGCCAAAAAAAAAAGAAUGUGAAGGUAAACCCCCAAAGGCUACAGAUUUACAGCUUUUGCUCCCUGAACUCUUUAUGGGGAUUGGAUUUCUUUUGGUCCGAAUAACUUAAAAUAUUAGUGAAGGCCAGCCACAUGAUAUUCCUUAACAAAGCCCUUCCUUUCUUCUCCAAAACCACAAUGCAAAGAAUAUUCUCAAAGCUUGACAGCUUCGGGUUUUCUCCAUUGGCUUCUGUUAGAUCGUUACAAACUGCUCUUCCUGGUGCUGCUGCUAUGUUAGAAAUAGCAUCUGAAUCUUGAUUUUGGCUGUGGUUUAUUGACUCUAAUAGCCUCCGAAUUAACCUGAAUAAGACUAGUUGACAGCAAGUUUUGUUUUCUUGUCAGUAGACUGUUUUUCUACUGUAUUGAUACUAAUUUUAAAAUACAUGAACUAUCUUGCCA